CUGGAUUACAAUACCGAUUUGACAUAUUCUGCUUCGUCCGAGACCGAUGGGACAACCAAAGCUUUGGACAUCAGCGUACUCCAUGAGCUUCUGGAAGCCACCCAGAAAGAGGUCGAUUGCCAGGUCUGCUACAACAUCAUGCUGGAUCCGGUCACAACUUUCUGUGGCCACACCUUGUGCCGUGAGUGCAUGGCAAGAGUUCUCGAUCAUUCGCUCCAUUGCCCUGUGUGUCGUCGGGAUCUUGCGCUGCCCCCUGCUCUCUUCAGGCAGCCCAGCAACAAGACCCUGGUCAGUCUGCUCAAUGGACUUUGCCCGGAAAUGAUUAGCUCGCGAGCGGAAGCUGUGGCUGCUGAAGAGAGAGGUAGUCGUGGCCUCUCCAACGUACCGCUGUUCGUGUGCGCCCUCGGCUUCCCACACCAACCGACCUUUUUGCGGAUAUUCGAACCUAGAUAUCGAUUGAUGCUGCGGCGAGCCCUAGAAGGGAAUCGACAAUUUGGCAUGCUGAUGUACAACCGAUACGGAGAGCCCCAGGGCGACCUUGGCACUGUCCACUUCUAUCAGUACGGAACCAUGCUCCACAUCGUUCACGCACAACUGUUGGCAGAUGGCACCAGUCUGAUCGAAACUCGUGGACUUUAUCGUUUCCGCGUGAAGAGCCACGGAUCCCUGGACGGAUACACAGUGGGCGAUAUUGAGCGAUUGGACGAUGUCAGUCUGGUGGAAGAAGAGCGAAUAGAAGCGGAGGAGACCUCGUUGCCACCCGCUCAAGAUGGCGACAUUGCCGGUCAGGUUACUAGGAUGUCGACGCAAGAGCUGCACAUGCUCGGUCAAACAUUCAUCACGCGCAUGCAAGGCAGGAGUGCGAAUUGGCUCCAGCAAAGAGUCUUGGACAUUCACGGACAGCCACCAGAAGAUGCAGCAUUGUUUCCUUACUGGUUUGCAAGUGUCCUCCCCAUCAGUGAGGAAGAGAAGUACAAGCUUCUUGGAACGCGAACGGUGCGAGAGCGAUUAAAGAUCACGGCAACGUGGAUUCGAAGGAUGGAGACGCAAAGAAGGCAAUUAAUAUUCGAGUUUGAUGAAGACUGACUGUAGUUGAUUAGGUAUCAAAGCAAUUCAUGCCGCAUUCUAUGACU